AUGAUGUUGGCAAUAAACGUUUUUGGAAGUGUCGUGGCACUCUUAGCCCCACUCGUCUCCUCUCUAGCGGUCUUCGAAGCUCCAGUCACGAACGGGCCAGUUUAUAGCGUAGGCAUCCCGUCCACCUCUGCGAUAUCAACAUCGCAACAAGGAAGUCUUUACUUCUCCAUUACCGCGCCCACAAGUUAUCAAUGGGUUGGAUUGGGAAUUGGCGCACGCAUGGCGCAAGCUACAAUCUUCGUGAUGUAUGCUGAUGGGAAUGGAAAUAUCACACUCAGCGGAAGAGCAGGCAAAGGACAUGUGAUGCCACAGUUGGAUACCACCUUGAUGGAGGGGGUUACGCUGCUCUCCGGUAGCGGUAUAGUCGACGGGAAAAUGAUCGCGAAUGUCAAGUGUACUACUUGCAAGUUGUCAUCGGAUAAGACAUCGAACGCGGCCCCUUGGAUCGCAGCUUGGAAUCAAGGGUCAGCGUUGAAUACGGCCAACCUUGGGGCGUCAAUCAAUCAACAUAGUGACGAGUCGUACGCUCAGUUCAAUUUUGAUCUCAGCAAAGCUGCACUUGCUUCAGAUUCCAAUCCCUUCGUUGCGGCUGCCGUAAAUAAUCCUUCGACAACAGACAGUUCUGGAAACAGUCCCACGUCGCUAAGUAAUGUCGCAUCUGGCCCUACAGCAACUUCCACUCCCGUAUCCAAUUCAGGCCCUGAUACCAGCUCCGCGACGAGCUCGACCAUCACAAAUGAUGGCAGUGCUGAAAAAUCCGAGAAUUACCAAAAGGCGCACGGGAUUAUCAUGGGACUUGUGGUAACCACUUUCUUGCCCGCGGGCGCAAUCUUCGUUCGAUUACAUGGUCACGCUUGGAUCCACGCCGGUAUCCAGUUGCUGUCUUUGGUCUGUAUGAUUGUCGGACUUGGACUUGGUAUAGAGCUCGCCAAGCUAGAGGAUCUUCUUUUCAAUAACACGCAUUCCAUUUUUGGUGUUGCGGUUGUUGCAUUGUUCCUUGUCCAACCACUUCUCGGGCUUGUACAUCAUUUCAUGUUCCGGAAGACUCAAUCAAGGAAUAUGUUCUCGCAUAUUCAUGUAUGGUAUGGUCGUGCCUUGAUGAUACUUGCUGUCGUCAAUGGAGGGCUUGGCCUGCAGCUCGCCGACAACAGUACAGGUGGUACAAUUGCGUAUUCGGUCAUCGCAGGUGUAUUUGGAGCCGGAUAUAUUGCGUCAGUGCUAGUCAAGAGAAAAGGCAAGCCGUUAACGAUGGGCAAGUUAGGAAAGGGAGGAGAGCAGUUCUCCUCUCAAGAUUCUAGAGAUCAGGUAGCGCAUUGA